AUGUUUUAUAUAUGUGUUCAUUGUAUAUUUAUUUUUCUUCUUUUGAAUAAUAUGCUUAUAACACAUAACAGGGAAUGUAGUAAGAGUGUUCAAGGGUUAGUUGUGGAUACGUUUAAUCAGAAAAUGAAUUGUUUAUUGAAAAAAGAAGAUUUCUAUAUUUAUCGUCAGAAUUUUAAUUUUUUUCCAAAAGAAUUACAAGUACAAUUAAGGAAGAAAAAGAAUAAAAUUAAAAAUGAAAAGGGAGUAAUAGAUGGCGUUAUUGAUAGGAUAACAUAUAAAUCUGCACAACAAAAUAAAGGGAACAAUAAUAAAAAUAUUGAUGAAAAGAAUAAAAAUGUAGAUAAAAAACAUAAUAUAAAUAAUCAAUAUAAUAAUAAUAAUAAUAGCAACACUAAGAAUGUUGGAAAUAAUAGAUGUAAUAAUGGAAAGAAAAAUUAUCACACAAUAAAUGAUAACAAAUUAGGGAUAAGAACUACUUAUGCUUUUAUAAAAAAUAGUAUUCCAUUUAACUUUUUUCAUAUGGUGAAUAAUAUAUAUGUAACAAAUAAAUUAAAAACAAAUCAUUGGUUUAGUUUGAAUAAUAAAAAAGAAUAUAGUACAAACGAAGAGAAACCCAAUUUUUUAACAAAUUAUAAGAUUAUAAAACAUCCUGAUAAAUUAGAAAGUGAAGAUUGUUGUUUGAAUGACCAAGGAUUUAUAGCAGUUGCUGAUGGUGUAGGUUCAUGGAUAAAAUAUGGAAUAAAUCCAAGAAAAUAUCCAGAGAAGUUUUUACAGUUAUUACAAAAAAAAAUAAAUGAAAAUGAAAAUGAUAAUAUACAAAUAGAAGAAUUAUUAAAUUAUGCUUAUUUAAAUAAUGAUAAAGAAGGAUCAACUACUAUAUGUCUUAUUAUAUUUAAUAAAAAUGAUAAUACAGUAUCAACUGCAAAUAUUGGAGAUUCACAAUUUCUUAUUAUCAGAAAUAAUCAAAUCAUAUAUAGAUCAAAACCACAACAAUAUGAAUUUAAUUUUCCUUAUCAGUUAGGAAGUAAUGCAGUAAGUAAACCAAAGGAUGCUGAUAUUGCUCAUAUUGAAGUCAAAAAAAAUGAUAUCAUAGUAGCAGGAACAGAUGGAUUGUGGGAUAAUCUUUAUGAUAGUCAAAUAUUAACAAUAGUUAAAGAAAAUAAUUUUGCUACAUUAUCUGAAAAAAUUGCAAACGAAGCAUUCAGUUAUUCUAAAAUGAAAAGAUGGAUGUCUCCAUUUAUUAAAAGUUAUAAUAAAGAGUUCAAGUGUCACAAAACGGGAGGAAAAAUGGAUGACAUAACGGUUUCAUGUGCUAUGGUAUGUUAA